AUGUCGAACAGAAGACUUGUUAACAGGGCUCGUGCCAACGAACCUGCUUCUCACGCCUCUUCUCACCGCCAACCUCGAGCCUCUGAGACACCUGCUCGCCAGCAGCAGGCGCGUCAACUAGAGCUGCCUCCCUACGAACCCCCGGCUUGCCCUUUGUCUGCAGAUGCCCAGCAGAAGCUGCGCGAUCUGCAGAAUCCUCAUGUCUAUGCGAAAUACAAGUCUCAUAUUGUGGGCGCCAUCAAGGUUCUGACCAACGCCACAGCAGACGUCAACGAUAGAUAUGCUGUCCGAAAACGGGCACUUGAGAUAAAUAAGGGCAAACGCCAACGUGAUGGGGUGCCCGACGAGAACAGAACAGAAGACGAGAAAUCGAAUGCGAUGUGGACCAAGCAGCUAGGCAAGAAGGCCCCGGAGGAAACGGAAAGGGCCGAGGCAGCCGUAAGGGAAUUGAUUGACUAUGGGGAUGAAUUGGCGAUGCAGGAAGGCAUUGUCAAAGACGUGAGCAUGAAGAUUGCAUCCGCAGCUGUCCCUCGGCCUGUGGCUUCUCGGAUACCUAGGCCUCCUGUUGGGGGCCAUGAUGAGAACGAGGACGAAGAGGAUGAACCCGAGCGUGAAAUCCGGGCUGAGGAGGUUGAGAAUGUGAGUGCAGUUGAAUUGCUCCGGAAGGCAAAGGAAGACUAUGCAAAUAAUUACAACUCAAAAAGCAAGACGUCAAGAUACGCCAGCCACAAUGAAUACAUAGGUUUCAAGGCUUCUGUACACGAUGCCCAGACCCAAGACUCCGGAGCUCCUGCUCCUCCCGCGAGCACUUGGUUUCCAGACGAGGCUCCAGCUUCCGGCGCUGGGUCUCGGAGACGUCGUAACAAUCUCACGGACAAUACAGAUAACGGCGAUGAGAGUGAUGACGACGUCGUUAUUGCCAGUGCCUCGGAAAUCCUAAAGUGCCCUCUCACUCUCAGAUACUUCGAAGAGCCUUACAGCAACAAGAAAUGCAAGCACACUUUUGAGAAGCAGCCCAUCCUCGAAUAUCACCGCAAUAAUGCCAUCCAGUUCAGAGGAACCGAGAAGAUUGUCAAGUGCCCUCAGACAGGCUGCGACGUGAUGCUUGCGUUGAGCGACUUCAGAGAUGACCCAGCCAUUAUGAGGAAAGUGCAACGAGCGCAGCGGAGAGAACUCGCCGACGCUCAAGAUGAUGACGAUGGUGGACCCCGUGGGACGCAAUCCAAUCGUCCGGAGCAAAUCGACGACGACGAAGAUGAUGAUGAUGGUGCUGUCGACAUCGACGAGGAAGACUAG